AUGCCAAGAGUUGUGGCACUUCUGGAUAUGGAUUGCUUCUAUGCCCAGGUAGAACAGAGGGAAGCCCCUCACUUGUGGGGUAAGCCUUGUGUGGUCGUGCAACACGCGAGUGGGAAUGCUGCUGGAGGUCUAUUGGCAGUAAGCUAUGAAGCCAGAGCGUUUGGAGUUAAAAGAGGCAUGACUCUUCAUGAAGCUAAAGUCAAAUGUCCAGAGCUCAGCACUUGCUUUGUCCCUCAAGGAGAACACAUGGACAAAGCCGAUAUCCAAAAAUAUAGGGAUGCCAGCGCGGAAGUUUUCAAUGUUUUGAACAACGUAGAUCCUAGGAUCACCGUUGAAAGAGCAUCCGUUGAUGAAGCGUUCUUAGAUCUAACACAGUACGUGGAGGAAGCUUGUGAAUUGAAUGAAGCUGAACAACUUGUAGAUGAAUAUUUGAACAAUCUAGACAGUAUCUUCCCUUCAACCCAUUUCGCUAACGGUAAAGAUACUGACAGUCUUGAUGAAAAUGGAAAGAAAUACAGCAGAGAGGAAACAAUGAAAGAAUGGUUAGAUGUAUAUUGUCGUCACAAUAAAGAACAGCUUAAAAUGGCAUUUGCUGCUCAUCUAACUGAGAAAAUCAGAGCAAGCAUACAUCGAGAAACGCAGUUUUAUUGCUCAGGUGGAGUUGGUCCGAACAAGAUGUUAGCUAAGUUGGUUUGUGCCAGACACAAGCCAAGGCAGCAAACUAUCGUAUGUAUGGAAAACGUAUCUGAAGUAUUCAAGCAAACUAAAGUCACUGACGUGCGUAUGCUCGGUGGAAAGUUAGGAUUAGGCCUCUGCGAAUUUUUCAAAAUUAAGACAAUGUAUGAACUAGCGGGAGUAGAUAUGGAUGCUUUGGCGUCACACUGUCCGGGACAAGCUCGUUGGGUUUGGCAGUUAGCGCGAGGUCACGAUGAUGAAGCUGUAAAACUUAGAAACAGCCAGUCGUCCAUUGCAGUGAGCAAGAAUUUUCCUGGCAAAAAUGCUAUAGUGGGCGUGGAGAUGAUGAAAAAAUGGUUGGAUGGUUUAACUAAGGAAUUAUCGAAACGGUUAAUCACCGAUCAAAUAGCCAACAAAAGAACCGCUGAAAACCUUGUUUUUUCCUUGUUGACUACUCAAAGUAGUUCUAGAACUCUGAAAAUCAACAGCUAUAAUCCGGCUACUCUGUACAAUAUUGUAUGGACCGCAGCAAAAAGUUUGAACAAAGCUGGUCCCGACUCAGAUAAAUGGGAACCACCUGUGUUCAAUAUUGGAUUGUCUGCUUCUCGUUUCGCCGAAGGUGUUGUUGGGCAGUCAAAAAGCAUACUGGAGUGGAUAGACGAUCGGGUUAAAGAGAAAUCUAUUGAACCUGCUGGCUCCAGUGUUGCCGCAACUACCUCUGCUAAUGUAAAGAAGAACAAUAUCCCCACCCCUUCCAACCCACAAAGUUCAGCUACUGAUGCGGUUGCGGGCAGUUCUGUUGAUGAUGAUGGAUGGCAAAAAGUGGAUUACUCAAAGCUAACUGAUGUAGCUGUAACAUCUAGUAAACCUCAGGAAAACCUUCUGGAGUUCGAUGAUCUCGUAGUUGACAAAGAUGUGCUUGAAGAACUUCCUGAUUUCAUCAAGAAUGAGCUGAAGCACAGGAAAACUAUAGCUGAAGCGCGAGAAAUCAAAGCUAUAGCUGCUGCUCGAGGAAAAGUGAAAGAGACCACUAAACCUCCUGCUAAAUCUUCUGUAAAAAGACCAGCGAAAGUUACCAAUACUGAACCGCCAGCAAAGAAAGGAAUAACUGACUUCUUCAAGAAAAAAUAA